CCGGCUCUGCUCGGUUGGGUCGGUCAGUCAGUCCGAGUCUGCCCACGAAGCAGGCGUGAAGCGACUUCUGAGCGCUAGCUGCCCGGUUAUUUUAUUUCCCCUCCGUCUCUCCCGCCCGUGCUCGCGCAGCCAUGGCGGAGCUGUCGGCGGCCACUCAGUCUCCGUCCAUCUCCUCGUCGUCCUUCGGGGCCGAGCCCUCCGCUCCCGGCGGCGGCAGGAGCUCGGGAGCCUGCCCCACCCUGGGGGCGAAGAGCUGCAGCUCCUCCUGUGCGGCCAGUCUCCCAGAGCAUCCAGCUUUUCUCUCAAAGGAAGUUGGGCAAAUGGAAAUAAAUAAAGAGGAAGAGUCCAAGAACCCAAAUGAGGUACCAAGUAGGGAUGAUAAAACUGCCUUAGAUGCUGAUGACGGGUUCACUUUGCUAACAGCCCAGAAACCACCCACCGAACAGUCUGAGGCAGAAGGCAUUCAUACAUGUUCCUUAUCUCCAUCCAAAGUUUUGGGGGCUGAUGUUAUUGAAAAGGAUUCCCCUGAAUCACCAUUUGAAGUAAUUAUUGACAAAGCAGCAUUUGACAAAGAGUUUAAGGACUCAUAUAAGGAGAGCACAAAUGCUUUUGGUAGCUGGACAGUGCACACUGAUGGAGAAUCAUCUGCAGACAUUACCGAAACUAAUGACAAACUAUUUCCACUGAGAAGUAAAGAGAUAGGGCGCUAUCCAGCCUCUGCUUUGCUUACUAGACAGUUUUCACACACAACAGCAGCCUUGGAAGAGGUGUCUAGAUGUGUGAGUGAUAUGCAUAACUUUACUAAUGAAAUACUGACUUGGGAUUUGGUUCCCCAAGUAAAACAACAGUGUGAUAAAUCUGACUACAUCACAAAAACUACAGGACUUGACAUGGAUGAAUAUAAUUCAGAAAUCCCAAUUGUAGAUCUUAAAACUAACACUCAUCAGAAAAUUCCUGUACGUUCUCUUAAUGGGAGCAGUCUCAUCACCAAAUCAACAGGUGGUUGGGCAGAAACAUCUCUCCCACAGGAAGAAGCCCUACCAGACCAUCUUGAUUCCACAAAGGAAGUCAGCAUUAAAGGUAUGCAAGACAGUGUGAAGAAACAAGAUAACACACUUUCAGAGUUACCUGGAUCUCUGUUUGAGAAGUGUGUGUCUUUGGGCUCUGGAGUGACCACAGGGAAAAUGGCUUUGCCUGAUGACCGCCUGAAAGACGAAAUGAACUGGCAGAGCUCUGUGUUGGGAGAAGCGACAGAGGCUGAUAGCUCUGGCGAGUCUGAUGACACAGUAAUAGAGGACAUCACAGCAGAUAUGUCAUUUCAGAGUAACAAAAUUCAGGCUGAAAAGCCUGUUUCUAUUCCAAGUGCUGUUGUAAAAACAGGUGAAAGAGAAAUCAAAGAGAAUCCCAAUUUUAAUAGAGAAAAUGAAACAUCUAAAAACUUUGAAGAGUCCAUCAGUGACUCAGAGCCACAACAAGUUCAGCCUGAUAUUCUUGGAAGGAGUCCAGUUGGUAAGGUGGCUCAUUCACAAGUACUUGAUAUGAAUGUCAUACCAAAAGAUGUGAAGCAGUCUGAUAGUAUGAGUGAAGUUGCUCCUGAAAAGCCUGUUACAACUAAGGAUAAUGAGACAGAAUUCUUCUUACUAAAUGUGACAACUUCUGCCUCUCUGGAGUUAUCAUGUGGGGAAAAUGUUGUUAAAGAUAUGGAUGAUUCCUCCCCAGAGGACCUGAUAGCAGCCUUUACAGAAACCGGAGAAAAAGGAAUGGUGGUUAAAGAUGAAGGAAAUGCCUUUGCAGCAGUAACAGAGAAGACAGACUCUCGAACAGCUCUUCCUGUAGAAGUCUUGCAUGAAAGUGAGUUAGGUAGUUCUGAAGUUAAAGGCAUAAGAAGCAGAUCUACUGAACAAAGCAAAGAAACAAGUGGAAGUGAGCUUCAGGAUUUUUUCCCCAUGAAAAGUACUCCAGUAGCAUCUCUUGACUUAGAACAGGAACAGCUCACAAUCAAAGCCCUUAAAGAAUUAGGUGAAAGACAGGUCAAGGAGUCAGCUUCUGCACAGGAUAAAGUGGAAUCUCCUCCUGAAGAAAUACUCAAGCAGACUUUCAUAUUUGCUCCAGAAUCUUCUUGGCCACAAAGAUCAUAUGACAUCCUAGAACAUACAAAUGUCAAGACUGAAUCGGAUCUUGGAAAUUCCCAAAAUCCUGCUAUUAUCAAAGAAACUGCUAGGGUAGAUACUACUUCCAGCUUUAGCAAGACUGAACUGGUAAACAAGCAUGUCCUAGCAAGACUUCUGACAGACUUCUCAGUGCACGAUCUGAUUUUCUGGCGAGAUGUGAAGAAAACCGGGUUUGUCUUCGGCACCACGCUGAUCGUGCUGCUUUCACUGGCAGCCUUCAGUGUCAUCAGUGUGGUGUCUUACCUCAUCCUGGCUCUUCUCUCUGUCACCAUCAGCUUCAGGGUCUACAAGUCUGUCAUCCAAGCCGUACAGAAGUCAGAAGAAGGUCAUCCAUUCAAAGCCUACCUGGAUGUAGACAUCACUCUGUCCUCGGAAGCCUUCCAUAAUUAUGUGAAUGCUGCUAUGGUGCACAUCAACAGGGCCCUGAAGCUCAUUAUCCGUCUCUUUCUGGUGGAAGAUCUGGUUGACUCCUUGAAGCUCGCUGUCUUCAUGUGGCUGAUGACCUAUGUUGGUGCAGUUUUCAAUGGAAUCACCCUUCUGAUCCUUGCCGAACUGCUCGUUUUCAGCGUUCCAAUUGUCUAUGAGAAGUACAAGACCCAGAUUGACCACUAUGUGGGCAUGGCCCGGGAUCAGACCAAAUCAAUUGUUGAAAAGAUCCAAGCAAAAGUCCCUGGAAUCGCCAAAAAAAAGGCAGAAUAAGCACCUGGAAACCAGAAACGCUUCAGUUACUAAAACAUCAUUUAACAGUUAUAACAUUAUUACUUGUACUAUGAAGGCACGUGCUCAGUGUCAGCUUGAGCCUGCAUUCCAAGCUUAUUUUUUUUAAUUUGGUGUUUUCUGCCCUCCUU